UAUGAAGUCAAAAGCCGUCCUGAAAUUUGGGGUUUCCAAUUUCUGAAGCCCUAGAAAUCCGAAUUAGAGACUCAAAUCCUUACUGAAGAUGAAGAGGACAAUGCCAUGGAGUGAUGACGAGGACGAUUCCUCAUCCGACGAGGAGUCCGAACCAUCACAAGUGAAAUCAGGGAAGCCAAAGAGCAAGGUUUUGGAUUUCGAGGCGUUGAGGAAGCACGGUUACAGAGGAGGACCGUCUAUACUGAAGGUGCCUCCACCCAAGGAGUCGGAUAAGGACAAGGACUGGUCUUGGUCGACCGGAGUGGAUCAUAAGGUGAAGAGUGGAACCACCACCAAGGACAAGGUGGAUGAAGAAGAGAGCAAAGAACAGCGACGGAAGACCAGGGAUGCAUUGGCCGCCGGGGAGCAGCUGGAGUAUGUGCUGACCAGGAAGGAGAAGGAGAAGGAGAAGAACUUGUCCUUUUCGCAGAAGGAGAAGAGGAAGAGGGACCUCGGUCAGGCCAGCAGGGGGAAGAACUAUGUUGAAGAAGAGAAGAGGUUGCUGAGGGAGAAUGGUGUCUACUCUGGGUUUGAUGCUUAGAGGAAAGUAUCUGCUGUUUCUGUGCACUGUGUUAGAUUGUUGUAAUGUGUCGAUGAGUUUUUCUUCAAUGAAUUUCUUGGUUUCGAGUUCAUAA